AUGGAAAGAAAACCAGAAUGGCUACAAAAACAUAUAUUUGGAAACGAGCAUAUUCCAUAUGGACAGGCACUGUUUGAAGAGCUUGAACCAGAAACUCAGGAAAGAGUCAUGCAAACAAUACGCGAAGACUCAAAUACAGACUAUGACAAACUCUUUCUAGGAUAUAGGUUACCUGAGAUGGGCGACCAGAGCCAAAAGGCAAAAAGGACAUGGGAAAUUUGCAACAUACUAGAUGAACAUAAUGCAAAGAUGCAACAACUUCAAGCAGAGGGCAAUGAAGGAAAAAGAAGAGUUAAAAACUCAGUCAGGAAGAAAGUAAAGCUUGGUCCACGUGGGUUCUAUUAUGACAUAUAA